UGGGAUUCACAAGAAAAUAACCGGCAAGAGAUUAACUUGCUGUGACUUAAAAGGACUCCAACUCCACAGCAGGGGACUUUGAGCUGUCUGACUAGGAGUAGGUUGCUGAACAUCUCAGGAAUUACUUCUGGUGGAAUCUCACCUUCCCUCCAGAUAAAAGGGACAUGAAGACUCCAAAAAGAGUUUACAUUAGCCUUCCAAAGAAACACAUGGCGGCUUUGGCUCAAACAUAUCCACUGGACCACGGGGUGUUUGUAAAAGACCUGAUUCCCUACUUAAAUGAAGCAUAUGUACGAGCUUACUUUAGAGAAUGGGGCACCAUCACAGCGUGUGAGGUUAAGAAGAACCCAAACUUGGAGGAAAAAAAUUCAAUGGCCUAUGUGAGGUUUUCUACAGAGGAUGAAGCAGACAGAGCAGAAUGGGCUGGACCUCACUACAUUGGAGGCGAUGUCGAAGUCAAACGAGUUGUCAGUCCAAAGAUGGACGAGGAUUCAGAGAAGAAGGCUGUUACGCUCCCUCGACCACGGCGAUCAAUGGGCUUGGGCUACAUCCUGGAAGACGCUCAGUGGUUAGAUAACAAGAUGGAGUAAAACCUAUACAAUGCAACUUGUAGGACGAACGUUUUUCUAUUGUUUAACUGUCUGUAGCCGUCUGUGCCUGAAGUUAGAUACAAAAAGAAAAUCAUCACAAGGAUAGCAUAUACUCAGCUAGAUACAAACACAUAUUGCACAUUUGAUUUUUUUUUUAUUUGUUCUGAGUUGCUCUGAUAGCCUACAUACUGCUUUGAUUCUAUGUUGUGUCUUAUGAUAACUAUAGACCGUGGGUGAUAAUAGUUGUAUUCAAUUUUCUGUUUCAUGUUUGUCAAGGGUGUAUGCAUUGUUCAAAUAUAGCUUGAAUAUGAUCUCCCUGUGUAAAGAGACUGUCAAUGAAUGCAUUAUGAUUAGUAAUUAAUAAAUUAUAUUUCUCUGCAAAAGACAGUUAAAAGUUACGCUAAUGGUUGAUUAACAUUGUUGCGCUUGAAUAAAUGUGUUUUACAGUUUCA